UAUGAUCUGCCUUUGUAGGGGUGCCAGCUCCAUGGCUCUGGAGACUGAACUCCUCUAGUCAGUGCUGUGCCCUCCCAAGUAGGCUUCCCCUACCCCAGGUAAUAUGCCCGACCCUGGGGUACCGCCACCGAGGACAGAAUGGACUUCAGUCUUUAGAUCUCACUGAAUGAGCUGUGCUCUCUGAGCGUGGUAUCAAGAGAGCAGAUUGGUGCCAGUGGUGACUCCUGUCUGGGGGAGAACUAGUAAUGCAUCUCACAUCAGGGUGAAUGGACAGCUGUUGAGGGCAACUAUUUUCAGUCUCUAACACCCCUAGUUGCCUUGAAACCAGUGCCAAAGAGGCAGAAGUCUGUAUCCUAAUCUCUGUCCAAAUUCAGUCUUUGUUAUUCUGAUUCCGUUCCAUUUAGGGAACAAUAUGGGUGCCCCCCGGUGUCUGGAGGCUGUAAAAUGGCACAGAAAUGGUCCAGACUGUAUAAUUAGAGUGGAUCCCCAGAUGCCUGUUCCUGGCAGUGCCCAGUGGAGGGGAAUUGAUUCUAAGAUUCAGGCUUGAGACCUCAAAAUUCCCUGCUGGCACAGUGCGCUCUGCCCUUCCUCCCAGGGUAGACAACUGGAGUUCCAUGCAAUAUGUUGUGUGUAGACCUUUAGGGUUAGACAGAUGCUAAAUAACCAGUGGCCCUUUUCACAAGACCUAGGGUUUGCCCCAGCAUCUCUCCAUCUCGGCUAGUCUGCAGCAUGUUGUGUGCUGUUUUCCCAUCUUGCUUCUGACUUGCAUGCAGAGGUGGCUGCAUUUCCCUGUGCAUGUGAACUGGUUUAGAAAGCAUUUUGUCCUGAAAGGUGCUGAGGAAAUGGUUACUUCAGUUAGUCACUCCCUCUUCCCUGUGAAAUGUAUUUACCAGGUUCCAUCAAGCAUGCUCAGUGCUGUCGGGAAUGGACAGGAAGUCUCAUCCCUGCUCCACAGAGCUUAUGAGCCUAAUCCACAGCAUGUACGUGCUAGUGAGUGCAUGGAUGGUACGAAGGUGGCACUACUUGGAUCACUAUAGGUCAGGCACUUUUGUGUGGGGAGUCUGUCCAGAAGCAGCAUUGCCAGUGUAGUGCAGCUUGUACUGUCCCUUGGUGUUUGAAAGGUUAACAGAAUCCUUCUAAUCACUUCCUAAUUUAUCUUCUUUACUCAUGAAAUGUUUUGAUAGGAAACUGGGGGGAGAGGGGGUGCUAUGGCCUAUGGAUUCCGGAGACAGUCUGUAAAGGACAUUUCCCAGGUCAUAAGAAAAUGUAUCGUUCCCCUCCCUGUGGCCUCAACCUCUGGAUCUGAACAGCAAUUGCGAGAAUGGGAAAGAGAUCUAGUCUAAUAACUGUGGCCUAUCGCACAGAUGAGGGGCACCCCUGGGUCCUGCCCGUAGUGAAGAAAGUUGAGCAGAAGAUCGCUAAUGAUGCCAGCUUGAACCAUGAAUACCUGCCGAUCCUUGGCCUGCCUGAGUUCCGGGCCAACGCUUCAAGGAUCGUGCUUGGAGAUGACAGUCGUGCUAUCAAGGAGAAUCGUGUAGGAGGGGUUCAGUGCUUGGGCGGGACUGGCGGUCUGCGCGUUGGAGCAGAGUUCCUGCGGCGCUGGUACAAUGGAACCAACAACACAGCAACUCCUGUCUACAUCUCUUCUCCUUCCUGGGAGAACCAUAACUCUGUGUUUGUGAAUGCUGGCUUUAAGGACAUCCGGGCCUAUCGCUACUGGGAUGCUGCUAAGAGGGGGCUGGACCUGGAGGGGCUCCUGGAGGACAUGGAGAGUGCACCAGAGUUCUCCAUCUUUGUUCUGCAUGCCUGUGCGCACAACCCAACUGGCACAGACCCCACCCUGGAGCAGUGGAAACAGAUUGCUGCUGUCAUGAAGCGCCGGUUCCUGUUCCCAUUCUUUGACUCAGCCUAUCAGGGCUUUGCCUCCGGCUGCCUGGACAGAGAUGCCUGGGCUGUGCGGUACUUUGUCUCUGAGGGCUUCGAACUCUUCUGUGCUCAGUCCUUCUCCAAGAACUUUGGGCUCUACAAUGAGCGAGUGGGGAACCUGAGUGUGGUGGGGAAGGAUGCUGACAACGUGCAGCGUGUCCUUUCCCAGAUGGAGAAGAUUGUCCGCACCAUCUGGUCCAACCCUCCCUCACAAGGAGCACGUAUCGUGGCUACCACCCUCACCUGCCCGCAGCUCUUCGCUGAGUGGAAGGACAAUGUGAAGACGAUGGCAGAUCGGGUCUUGCUAAUGCGGUCGGAGCUCAGGGCCCGGCUCCAGGCUCUUGGGACCCCAGGCACCUGGAAUCACAUCACUGAGCAGAUUGGCAUGUUCAGUUUCACAGGGCUGAACCCUAAGCAAGUGGAGUACAUGAUCAAGGAGAAGCACAUCUACCUGAUGGCCAGUGGACGCAUCAACAUGUGCGGCCUGACCACCAAGAACCUGGACUACGUGGCCAGCUCCAUCCACGAAGCGGUCACCAAGUUCCAGUGAAGAACACAAACCACUGAACUCCCAUCUGAACUACCAAAGCAGUAGUGUGUAGUCUGUUUCCCUGCUCAUAACUCACGUCCAUCACACCUGUGAGGGUUUAAUAAGGAUGGGAAACAGUGGCUAUAUCAGGGAUAUCAGCCUGCCUGCAUCUCUGAAAGCCACUUAUAAUACAGGCCAGUACCCUCCUGGGGCUGGUGGGAAAGUAAGCCAUCUUGUCUCAUUUGGCUGACAGCAGCCAUAUGCGCUGGGACCCAUACAUCUCAAAGCUGCCUAUUUCCAUGCAACCAAAUAGACCCAGUAUAACCAAAAUGGUUUGGCCCAGUCACCUCCUGUACAGGUGCAGUGCAUUGUGGGAUAGGUGCCCAAAUUCAUGGGCCCCCUUGUCUUGUCUGUGGGUUGGAGGCACUGUAAAAUUUCAGGGAGUGAGCCUAUUGUCGGCUUCCGCCUCGCAUGAGGAAAGCGUGAUUGUUUCUUUGUGUUGCUGAAAGAAAAUAAAUCUCCAUCUCUGAAGGAUGC